GCCGCGGCGGGCGAGCGGAGUGGCGCGCCUGUCCGGAGCUCGGCGGCGGCGGCGGCGGCGCCUGAGGAGGCUGGGGCGGCGGCGGGCCCGGACGAGCGGCCGGAGGUGGCGGACGAGGCGCCGGGAGCCCCCAUGGGCGGGUGUGUGGGCGCCCAGCACGACUCCUCGGGCAGCCUCAACGAGAACUCGGAGGGCACAGGAGUUGCUUUAGGUCGUAACCAGCCUUUGAAAAAGGAGAAACCCAAAUGGAAAAGCGAUUAUCCCAUGACAGAUGGACAACUGCGCAGCAAGAGGGAUGAAUUUUGGGAUACUGCACCAGCUUUUGAAGGCCGUAAAGAGAUUUGGGAUGCCUUGAAGGCUGCAGCACAUGCUUUUGAGAGCAAUGAUCAUGAACUGGCACAAGCGAUCAUUGAUGGUGCAAACAUAACAUUACCACAUGGUGCACUUACAGAGUGCUAUGAUGAACUGGGAAACAGAUAUCAGCUUCCAGUCUAUUGCUUGGCACCACCCAUCAACAUGAUAGAGGAAAAGAGCGACAUAGAGACUCUGGAUAUUCCUGAGCCACCACCCAAUUCUGGAUCUGAAUGUCAGCUCCGUUUGCGCCUUUCCACUGGCAAAGACCUCAAACUUGUGGUCCGCAGCACAGACACAGUAUACCACAUGAAGAGGCGCCUACACGCAGCAGAAGGAGUGGAACCAAGUAGUCAGCGGUGGUUCUUUUCUGGCAGACCUCUCACUGACAAAAUGAAGUUGGAAGAGCUGAAGAUCCCAAAGGAUUAUGUUGUACAGGUUAUAAUGAGCCAACCUUUGCAAAACCCAACGCCAGUUGAGAACUGAACUGGUACUAUUGGCUGGUCCCCAGAUCUCUCCCACUCCUUUUUAUUAUUGUUGUCAUUUCCUACUUUAUGGCGUGAAAUUGAUUUUCACUGCUCUGAAUUCCGUAUGAAUGGAUUUAGUUCUGAGGAAUUACCAGUGAAAAAUUCCAUCUGUGAUGGAGACCAACAAAAAUAAUUAAUAAAACACAAAGAGCCAGCCUUUGAGACUCAUGUAAUUACAAUUUCUAAUUUGAGAGGCAGUUAAGAAAUAAAUACAUAACCAUUUAUUUUAAAACA